AUGUCUCAAUUUAUCGAUCAGGAAAUAAAUGGAUACAAGGUCCAGAAAGCGAUAGGGGAGGGGAAAUUCUCGACUGUGUACAAGGCGAUGAACAAGGAAGGGAAUGUGGUUGCAUUAAAGAAGAUUAAAAUUUUUGAUAUGAUGGAUCCAAAACAAAGGGAGAAAUGUUUGAAGGAGGUGAAGCUCAUGCAACCCUUGGAUCAUCCAAACAUUAUAAAGUACUUGGAUUCGUUCAUUUACAACAAUGAAUUGAUUAUAGCUACAGAGUGGGCGGAGAGGGGAGAUUUGAAAAAACUAAUCAAAAAUGCAUAAUCUGAUGACACUCCAUUCGAAGAGGUGUAAUUGUGGAAUUACAUAUUGCAAAUAGCAAGUGCAUUGGACCAUAUGCAUGAAAAGAGGAUAAUGCACAGAGAUUUGAAACCAGCCAAUAUAUUUAUAGGAGGAGAUGGUUCAUUGAAGGUUGGAGAUUUGGGUUUGGGUCGUAUAUUUUCAUCAGAGACAAUCGAGGCUUACUCCAAAGUAGGAACACCAUUAUAUAUGUCACCUGAGCUCCUUCAUGGCGAAGGGUAUGAUAUGAAAUCAGAUAUCUGGUCAUUGGGAUGCAUUGCAUAUGAGAUGGCAGAGUUCAAGAGUCCCUUCAAAUAAAGCGAGAAGAUGUCUCUCAUGGAUUUGUUUAAUAAUAUCACCAAAGGGGAAUUUAAACCAGUUUCUAAUCGAUACAGCCAAUAAUUGAGGGAUGUCAUAGAAGGCAUGAUUGUAGUUGAUCCCCAAAAAAGACUUGAUGCAAGCACAGUUCUGUAGAAGUCAAAGGAAAUCCACAAUACCUUUCUUGAUUCCAAGAAGACUCCACAGAUAAUCAAUGUUUUGAUGAUGGAAGAUAUCUAUGAAAAAUUGUCAUUGGUUCAAUAUCAUGAAUAUUUCUGUAUUCCAUUGAAAAAGAAACCAGUUUCAAAAUAUUAUUUCUCUUUAGAUGAAAAUGUUAAUCAGAAUCAAAGGUUCUAUUACUUUGUUGAGUUAUGCUACUGGCUAAUGAGUUUGCCCAAGUAAAAAAAGAGUAAAAUGGCUCAACCAAUCAAACUCAAUUAUCAUAAUGUUGAAGAAACUGCCAGAAAAUUACUUAUUGAUAUCAAAGCAUGGGGUAUAAAAUUACCUGAAUAAUUGGGGUCUCCUCAUAUUUCUUAAGGAUGUGGAGACAUGGUUUGUUUCAUUUUAAAUGAUUUACUAAAUAGAGAGUUGAUUAGAGUGAAUUUCAAGUUUGAAUCUCCUAAUUUUGGUAAGGAUAUGGAAAGCUCUGUAAUUUAGGUUAACAAAAUAGAUGAUGAGGAUCUUGUUGAAAUUUAAGAAGAAGAAAAUGAAAAUGAGGAAGUUGAAUAAGAUGAGUUGACUUAGAGUAUUCUAUUUUAUCAUAAGAAAUAUAAUAAUGAACAAACUGAUUACAAUCAAGUACCUCAAGAUCGAUAAGUCAUUGAAACCAAAGUUGCAAUCAAUGAAUGGACUAAGGAGUUCAAUAGAGUUGAAAAAGAGUUUUCUAAAUUCGAAGCUAAUCUUAAAGUGAAUAAACUUUAUUUAAAGGAUUAUGAGAGAACAAUCAUGUCCAUUUCCAAAUGUUCCAAACAAUUGUCUCUUCUCUCUGAACACUUGAAAUCAAAUGAAGUCUAACAAAUUUAAUAAUAGUGGAUUGAUUAUUUAGAAUUGAUACCUAAAUUAGAAACCAAAGUUACAGAGUCAAUACCAGAAGAUAUUUAAAUAACCUUAAAAUAAAACAGGAAUAAAAUAUCAGAUUUAUAAUUAUAAAUUUCAUAAUUGAAUAAGGGGAACAGUGAGAAGUUAGAAAUCGACCAACAAUUAAAUCAAUAGUUAUUAGAUGUAAAGGAAAGAACACCAGUUUUGGAAGACAAUAGAUCUAAGCAAAAAUAACUGAUCAAUCAAUUGAGGAAUGACAUACGGGAUAUGGACAUUAAAAUUGGCAUAAUGCAAACUCAAAUAUCAAAAUCGUAUUUUCAUACUAAUGACGUAUUAUCUGAUGAAGAAUUCUGA